AUGGCCUCCAUGGGGCUGCAGGUGCUGGGCAUCGCCCUCUCUGUCAUCGGCUGGUUAGCCUCCAUCCUCUGCUGCGCCCUGCCCAUGUGGCGGGAGACAGCGUUCGUGGGCAACAACAUCGUGGUGGCGCAGAUCAUCUGGGAAGGGCUGUGGAUGAACUGCGUGGUGCAGAGCACGGGGCAGAUGCAGUGCAAGGUCUACGACUCCCUGCUGGCCCUGCCGCAGGACCUGCAAGCCGCCCGCGCCAUGGUGGUGGUGGCCAUCGUCUUGGCCAUCCUGGGCACCCUGCUCGCCGUCACUGGUGGCAAGUGCACCAACUGCGUGGAGGACGACACUGCCAAGGCCAAGGUCGUGAUCUUCUCCGGGGUUAUCUUCAUCGUCGCCGGCAUCCUCAUCCUCAUCCCCAUCUCUUGGUCGGCCAACACCAUCAUCCAGGACUUCUACAACCCUCUGGUCACCGACUCCCAGAAGAGGGACCUGGGCUCGUCCCUCUACGUGGGCUGGGCAGCCUCCGUGCUGCUGAUGCUCGGAGGGGGCAUCCUGUGCUGCACCUGCCCUCCCCGGGGCGAGCAGCCCUACUCUGCCAAGUUCACAGCCGCUCGCUCCCUGCCAGCCAGCAACUACGUCUAG